AUGUCUCACAAAAGAGAACACUGUUGUCUUUUCAUGUUGUUCAUGUUGGCCACUUGUUUUUUGCCAUCAUUGGGUGACACAAACGCUCAAAUUCUGCUCAACUUCAAAAGCUCCUUGUCCGAUGCUGAUGCUUUAAAGAACUGGAAUGAGUCUAUAAGUCUGUGUGGCUGGAAUGGUAUAUUAUGCUUCAAUCAGACAUUUCAUGGAUUGAGACUAGAGAAUAUGGGACUAAGUGGCUUGAUUAAUGUAGACACCCUGCUGGAAUUGUCCAAUUUCAACAGUUUUAGUGUCAUUAACAAUAGCUUUGAGGGUCCAAUGCCUGCAUUCAAGAAGCUUGUGAGUUUAAGGGCAUUGUUUCUGAGCAAUAACAAAUUCUCUGGUGAUAUUUCUGAUGAUGCUUUUGAUGGGAUGGGACGCCUGGAGAGAGUAUUAUUGGCAGAAAAUGGAUUCACGGGUCAUAUUCCUACAUCCCUUGCUAAUUUGCCUAGGCUUUUGGAUGUGGACUUGCAUGGAAAUAGAUUUGAAGGCAACAUACCAGAAUUUCAACAGAGAGAUUUCAGAGUGUUUAAUUUAUCGAACAAUCAAUUGGAGGGUUCAAUACCCGAAAGCUUAAGCAACGAGGGUCCAAUCUCAUUUGCUGGUAACCAAGGUCUAUGUGGAAAACCUCUAAACCAGGCCUGCAGUAGCAUCCCCCCUUCCUCCACCUCUGAUCAACAACAUCCUCCACAGGAAGAAAAAGAACAUAAGAAACACCGUGUUCGUAUUGCUGCCAUUGUAGUUGCGGUUGUUGUUGUUUUGGCUUUAAUACUAGCAGUUCCAUUUAUCCGUUGGCGUCGAAUUAGGCAAACAGCACAACCCCAGAACAAUAGUGCAGUUUCUAGUGAAGUCAGAUCCUCUGAGGUGACAGCUGAAUCCAAGAAGAAUGUAGAUGGAGAGUUUAUGUUUGUUAGGAACGAGAGAGAGGUGUUUGAUUUGCAAGACUUGCUUAGGGCCUCAGUUGAGGUUCUUGGUACUGGCAGUUUUGGUUCCACGUGCAAGGUCAUGGUUUUGAAUGAACCAGUUAUGGUCGUGAAGAGGUUUCAACAUAUGAACAAUCUUGGGGAAAAAGAAUUCUUUGAGCACAUGAAAAGGCUUGGAAGGUUGACACAUCCCAAUCUACUCCCUCCUGUUGCUUUCUUUUACAGCAAAGAAGAGAAGCUUAUGGUUCAUGACUUUGUUGAAAAUGGCAGCUUGGCUAGUCAUCUCCAUGGUACAAGUGGUUCUGAGUUGGACUGGUCAACACGUUUAAAGAUCAUAAAAGGAGUGGCUAGAGGGUUAGCUUAUCUGUACAGAGAGUUCCCUGACCAAGACCUACCACAUGGCCAUCUUAAAUCAUCCAAUGUUUUGUUGGACCAUUUAUUUGAGCCUCGUUUGACAGAGUAUGGACUUGUGGCAGUGAUGGAGAAGAGCCACGCUCAGCAGUUCAUGGCAGCUUAUAAGUCCCCAGAGGUGAACCAGUUUGACAGGCCCAGUGAGAAGAGUGAUGUUUGGUGUUUGGGGAUCCUAAUACUGGAGGUUUUGACGGGGAAAAUCCCAGCAAAUUAUCUAAGACAUGGGAAGGGAGCAAGUGAAGAUUUGGCAACAUGGGUGAACUCAGUUGUGAGGGAAGGGUCGAGUGGGGAAGUGUUUGAUAAGGACAUUUUGUGGAGAAGGAAUAGUGAGGGUGAGAUGAUGAAGCUGUUGAGGAUUGGAAUGGGUUGCUGUGAAUGGAGUUUGGAGAGUAGGUGGGAUUGGAGGGAGGCUGUGGCUAGGAUUGAAGAGUUGAAGGAGAGGGAUAUUGUUGAACAUGAUAUUGAAGAAGGCUAUGAUUUGUUCUAUGAAGUUGAUUUGUCUCACAGUCAUUAGUUAAUGAACAAAGGCAACACUUCACA